AUGUGCGGCGCCUGUGGAGGCAAGUGCAGUGGCGAGGUGCUGCGCGUUUCCGACAAGUACUUCCACAUGGCCUGCUUCACCUGCCGUACAUGUUCUGCUUCGCUGGCUCGAGGUGGUUUCUUCUGCAAGGAUGGAUAUUACUACUGCCCACAGGAUUACCAGCGUGCAUUUGGCACACGUUGUGCGGCCUGCAAUCAGUAUGUUGAGGGUGAGGUGGUUUCCGCACUCGGCAACACUUACCACCAGAAGUGCUUUACAUGCGCAAGAUGCAAACGCGCAUUCCCAUCAGGCGAGAAGGUCACAUAUACGGGCACAGAAGUAAUCUGUGCGACCUGUACAGCUGCGCCACAAAAGCAUACAGCGCGGGCAGCGAGGUCGCCUACGGCUUCACCCACUUCCCCUGCACCAAUCACGCCUGCCUCACCAGUGUCACCUGUCUCAGAUCGUGACCAGAUCGAUCAGAGACAGCCGGAUCCAAAUGAAUGUGCUGGUUGCGGUCAAGAGCUGUCCGAGGGUCAAGCACUCGUAGCCCUAGACAGACAAUGGCACACGUGGUGUUUCGCCUGUGGCGAAUGUGGGACUGUUCUUCAAGGGGAAUAUAUGGGGAGAAAUGGAGUGCCGUACUGUGAGCGAGACUAUCAAAGGCUGUAUGGAGUUAGGUGUGCCUACUGCCAGAGGUUCAUUUCUGGAAAGGUUUUACAGGCCGGUGAGAAUCACCAUUUCCAUCCUACGUGCGCGCGUUGCAGCAAAUGCGGUGAUCCGUUUGGCGAUGGCGAAGAGAUGUUCCUUCAGGGUGCAGCUAUAUGGCACCCGCGUUGUGGCCCCGCGCCUCACGCCCCUCUUACUCCACUCGAUCCAUUGGCUUUGGAUCGCGCCUCUUCAGAAUUACAGUUCUCGAUGCGGUCACGCACGCCGAGCGUCAACGGAUCAUACUGCAGCCCCUACAGUAGUCUCAAUAGGAAGUAUGGAAGCGGGUACCGUACAGUCUCCCCAGGGCUGGCCCUUCGGGAAUACCGUUCAUGUCGUUGCUCUUCUGAAACCUCUCCGCACCGCAUCACCGCGUUCUCCUAUCUUACUGGCGAACCUGCGAGGCUGCGACGGCCCGUUACAGUUGCGGAUAGGCCGCCAGCCUCUCCUCACUUUCAUAGGCCACCAUCAAGCGCCAGUAACCGAACCAGCUCUCGUCCGAAUAGUAAAGCAUCCUCUCGUCCUGGUAUGAGGGUGCUUGUGGACUCCAUGAGGGCUGAGACACCAAGGCCGAAAUCACCGCAUAUGAAUAACGAGGAACCAAUAGAAUUGUCCCACUACCCGUCAGCGUAUAAGCCCCCGCCGGGAACCAAACCCAAGAUAGAACGGGACGAUUUCCCGGCGCCGCCUUAUCCUUACACCGAUCCUGAACGUCGCCGCCGUUGGUCGGACACAUACAAAGGCGUGCCUGAAAGUGACGACGAAGCAGAUGCCGCGAAAGUAAACGGAAACGGACACGAUAUUAAACUACGUAAAGAAGAACAGGAAUUGUCUAAGAUUGACUCUGGUAUAGCACAGGUGUUCCUAAAAGAAGUAAAGGAGCGUGAGAAGCUUCAACAGUGGAAGAAGGCUAACUUAGAUCCUAGAAAUGCUAGCAGGACUCCAUCAGCAGCCCGCGAGGCAAUGUCCCGUCUCCGCUAUUCGUCGCCAGUGGGCGCUUCGCCCUCUCGCACUUUGGACAGAGCGAAGCACCAUGACUGCGAGCUUGAUCAUCACCACGUUCCAUCUUAUAACGUUGUAUCGUCUCUGCGUUCGGCACCGCGGCCCGGGUACGGUCUCUCCGCCAGGUCGCACACCUUCUCUUCUAGUACCGCUGGUGACUUCACAUUCAGCGGCUUAGGCGAUAAGACUCACAGCACUGAUUUCAGCAGCGGCAAAUCAGACAUUUCUGCCGGCUCCAUCACCGAUGUGGAUAGAAGUGCUGUGACAACAGAGGGCGGUAUACUAGUACGUGGAGUAACAGGUGCGGGCAGCGUUGUGGGCGCGGCCGGAGUAAGGGGCGGGUCCGUGAGACGCUCUCUGCCCAACAUGGCGACCUCGCAUCUCGUGCACGAACCGGCAAAACUCUACCCGUACCACCUAUUGCUGAUCACCAACUACCGUCUGCCGCCUGACGUCGAUAGGCUUAACUUAGAGCGACAUCUAUCGGACGCAGAGUUUGAAGCGAUCCUUCAGUUCUCUCGCGCUGAAUUCUAUCGUCUACCGCAAUGGCGUCGAAACGAGCUGAAGCGACGCGCACGUCUCUUCUAA